AUGGUGACAGCGUGGGGUCACUCCCAGCUCAAAGACCCCCACUCUGGGAGGGGCGUCUCCCCCACAGCCAAACAGGGCACGGCCCCCAGCCUCCAUAGGGUCCCCAGCCUCACAGGGCCCCAGCCUCAAAGGGCCCCAGCCUCCACAGGGCCCCAGCCUCAAAGGGCCCCAGCCUCCACAGGGCCCCAGCCUCAACAGGGCCCCAGCCUCCACAGGGCCCCCAGCCUCAAAGGGCCCCAGCCUCCACAGGGCCCCAGCCUCAAAGGGCCCCAGCCUCCACAGGGUCCCCAGCCUCCACAGGGCCCCAGCCUCCACAGGGCCCCUAGCCUCAAAGGGCCCCAGCCUCCACAGGGCCCCCUCAAAGGGCCCCAGCCUCCACAGGGCCCCAGCCUCAACAGGGCCCCCAGCCUCAAAGGGCCCCAGCCUCCACAGGGCCCCAGCCUCCACAGGGCCCCCAGCCUCCACAGGGCCCCCAGCCUCAAAGGGCCCCAGCCUCCACAGGGCCCCAGCCUCAACAGGGCCCCCAGCCUCCACAGGGCCCCCAGCCUCAAAGGGCCCCAGCCUCCACAGGGCCCCAGCCUCAACAGGGCCCCCAGCCUCAAAGGGCCCCAGCCUCCACAGGGCCCCAGCCUAGACAGGGCCCCCAGCAUCAAAGGGCCCCAGCCUCCACAGGGCCCCAGCCUCCACAGGGCCCCCAGCCUCAACAGGGCCCCAGCCUCCAAAGGGCCCCCAGCCUCCACAGGGCCCCCAGCCUCCACAGGGCCCCCAGCCUCCACAGUGCCCCAGCCUCCACAGGGCCCCCAGCCUCCACAGGGCCCCCAGCCUCCACAGGGCCCCAGCCUCAACAGGGCCCCCAGCCUCAAAGGGCCCCAGCCUCCACAGGGCCCCAGCCUCUACAGGGCCCCCAGCCUCCACAGGGCCCCCAGCCUCCACAGGGCCCCAGCCUCCACAGGGCCCCCAGCCUCCACAGGGCCCCAGCCUCCACAGGAACCCCAGCCUCCACAGGGCCCCAGCCUCCACAGGGCCCCCAGCCUCACAGGACCCAGCCUCAAAGGACCCGGCUGA